AUGUUGCAGCUUCGACCAUUAGCAAAAUGCUUCUUGAGAUGCUCUCUAGGUGAUGGAAGAAAUUGCAGUUUCUGGUUCAAUCAUUGGUCGACUCUUGGUCAAUUGUGGAAUGUGCUAGGUGAGGAGGGUCCGAGACCAAUGGGGAUUCCUAUGAAUAGCAAAGUGUCAGAGGCUACCUCCGGUAAUGGCUGGUUUUUACCAGGACAUAGAACCAGAAACAAAAAACUUAAAGAAGUUCAAACCAUGCUAUUAAUGACAUCUCCGCCGGAUGACUCAAAGGGUGAGGAUUCAUACUAUUGGCAAACGGGUCAUUCCGCCUUGUUACCAUUCUCAAACUCGGCUACUUGGGACUGUCUAAGACCCUCUCGUCCCCGGGUUCAGUGGGAAAAGGUGGUUUGGUUCAAGGGCCAUGUUCCAAAACACGUAUUCACAUUCUGGGUGUGGAACAGAGUCUUAUUAAGGCUAGGACACUCGACCAAUACUCUACUUGGAUGGUCAUCGCUCAACUCCUGGCUCUCUUCGAGUUCAUCUAAGGCCCCGGAGAUUUUAAAGCGACUAGUUGCACAAGCAGCGAUCUUCUUCCUAUGGAGGGAACGCAACACUCGCCUACACAUGGGAACCGCAUCAACACCAGACAGAAUUUUCAAGGCAAUUGAUCAGGCUAUCCGAGACAUCCUUUUGGCUCGGUAUAGAAGAAAACCAUCCGCAUUAGUAUCCAUUUGGUUUACUUUUAGCUAG